AUGCCAAAAUAUUUUACAUUACCUUCCUCACUCGAACCAUAUAAGGGGAUUGGUGACCCCCGGGCUCACAUUAAGAAAUUUCAGUCUAUGAUGUUCUUUAAUGGACCUAAAAAUGAACCUGUUCUUUGCAGGGCUUUCCCGACCUACCUCGACGGUGCGGCCCUCCUUUGGUUUUCAAAACUGCCUGAAGGAUCAAUUUCUUCCUUCGAGGAAUUGGCAAGAUCCUUCAUAGACUACUUUGCGGCUGCACGCAUUUAUGUGCACGGGUCAGAUUACCUCGGCACCAUCCGCCAAGGUCCCCAAGAAAGCUUAAAGGACUAUUUAACCAGAUUCGCUGAUGCAACAAUGGAGAUACCCGAUCUAGAUCCUGCUGUCCAUCUUCACGCCAUAAAAGCCGGCCUCAAGCCCGAAAAAUUCAGAGAAAUAAUUGCUGUCACAAAACCAAGAACCUUGGAGGAAUUUCGAGAAAGGGCCGCCGGGCAGAUAGAAAUUGAAGAACUCCGCGAGGCCGAAAAAGCAGACAGAAGGCAACCUCGAAAGGAAGAGAGCCGAACAAUCAGGUCGGGGGACAACGAAGAUACUAGAAAGGCGUUUAAACUUACACCAAAGUUUGACAACUAUACCAGGUUCAACACAAAGAGAGAAAGGAUCAUCAAGGAAAUACUUAACGCCAAAAUUAUCAAACCCCCUGUUAGGGCAGGAAACUACCAGGACCAAUGA